CACAGUUGCAGCGCAUUUGUGUCCCGGGAUGACCUGUUGAUGUCGGCUAAAGAUGGAGUGCCAGGAUCGCCCUCCGCUGUAGACCCCCCGCUUCUCCUUUAGAAAAAUACCUUAAGAAUCUUAGUUCCUCAGAGUGAAGAUAGCCCCGCGUGGUUCCCGAGUCCGCUUUUUGGUGGAGAUGCAAUAAAGCAUUUAUUCGCUGUGAUAUAGUAUAAGCGACAUUUUGGAGGGGGAACAACGCGUGUCUGUCCCAUGUUGGUAGCUGCCAUUCGGCCGGAGGAGGAGGAGGGAACUCGGUCUUAACGGACAUCACACCGCGCUGGCACGGAGUGGAGGGGAGACGGGAACUGCUGAAUAUUUUACCCCCCGCCCCCGACUAUUUUUGUGCCAUAUUUCGUACCCCUGGUCCCCCAGACGAUAAACGUGUGUGUUGAGGGCAGUUAAAAACCAUCAUUGACAUUCAAAAAUAAAAAAGAGGAGCUCUCUCAUUCUCCUUUUUUUGUCCAUUUUCCGCUGCCGCCCCCUCCCUCGCCCCCUCCCUCCGCUGAAUGCACGCACACACCCGCCCGGGCCAGUUGAGGACUCCCAAAUUCUACCGGGCAUCGAGGCUGGCACACGGCGGGGCACCGAGAGCUCUCUGCCCGCUCUGACUGCCCUGCUGCACCGCUGGUGGCGGCGGGCUGUUUCUCUCCGAGGCGUCCGCCAGCGAGACUCUGCGAGACUUUCAUACCCUGUGGUGCUGGGCAGAGCGUUAUGGCUCAGACGCUGCAGAUGGCGAUCCCUAACUUUGGCAACAAUGUCCUGGAGUGUCUGAACGAGCAGCGGCUGCAGGGCCUCUACUGUGACGUCUCCGUGGUCGUCAAGGGACAUGCCUUCAAGGCCCACCGUGCAGUGCUGGCAGCCAGCAGCUCCUACUUCCGGGACCUGUUCAAUGCUGGGGGGAAGAGCUCGGUGGUGGAGCUACCCCCGGCCGUGCAGCCGCAGAGCUUCCAGCAGAUCCUGGCCUUCUGCUACACGGGGCGCCUCAGCAUGAAUGUGGGAGACCAGUUUCUGCUCAUGUACACCGCCGGCUUCCUCCAGAUCCAACAGAUCAUGGAGAAAGGCACCGAGUUUUUCCUUAAGGUCUCCUCUCCAAGCUGUGACUCCCAGGGUCUCCACACCGAGGAGACCCCAUCCUCUGAGCCUCAGAGCCCCGUCACUCAAACAGUGGGAGUGGGCGGAGUUGGCAUCGGUGCUGCCACUGUAGGGAGGCCUGCCUCCUGCCUGACACCCCUUCCCCUCGUGUCCAAGGUGAAGACUGAACAUACAGCCACAACACCUCAGCCAGCUCCACAGCCACAGCAGCCGGAGGGCUCUCCCUACUCUGUGGUCUGCACCCCUGUGGCCAAGCGGCUAUGGGAGGGGGGUAACCGUGAUGGGGGAGGGGGGUCAGGAGGGGGCGGGGGCGGCGGGUUGAGGAAGGCUGCACGCUAUUCUUCCUCCUCCUCUUCCUCGUCCUCUUCCAAUACAAUAACCCAGGACGCUUCUGGCCGCGGACCUGCCGCUAACGCCUCUCUGGUGGGCAGCGGAGGCAGCGCUUUAGUGGGAGGAGCUGUGCUCAACAGUAACCACAACAAUAACAACAACAACGGCGGGACCCCAGAGGGUACGAGCCCGGGCACCCUGAGCAUGUACACCAGCGACUCGCCCAUCAGUUACCACGACGAUGAGGAGGAGGAUGAUAUAGCAGAUGAGACUGAAGAGCAGUACAGACAGAUCUGCAACAUGUACACCAUGUACAGCAUGCUGAACGCCGGAGCAGCAGUUGUCGGGGAGCGGGUGGAGGCUCUGCCAGACUUAGCCCCAGACUCAGGGGGCGGGCGGGGGGGCAGAGGGGGGCGGUCCCGGCAGGAACUAGCAUCGCUGCCCGCCGAGCUCAUCAGCCAGAUCGGAAACCGCUGCCACCCAAAGCUGUAUGAGGAAGGAGACCCGGCUGAGAAGCUGGAACUGGUGAGCGGCACCUCUGUGUUCAUCUCCCGCGCCCAGCUCAUGAACUGCCACGUCAGCGCCGGCACCCGCCACAAAGUGCUGCUCAGACGCCUUCUGGCGGCGUUCUUCGACAGGAGCACUCUGGCUAACAGCUGUGGAACCGGCAUCCGCUCCUCAACCAAUGAUCCCAGUCGUAAACCUCUGGACAACAGAGUGCUGCACGCUGUCAAAUUCUACUGCCAGAAUUUCGCACCGAGCUUCAAGGAGAGCGAAAUGAACGCCAUCGCUGCCGACAUGUGCACCAACGCCCGCCGCGUCGUCCGCAAGAGCUGGAUCCCCAAACUGAAACUGCUGAUGGCCGACAGCGACGCCUACUCCGCGUUCCUGGCCGACAGCGUGAAGAUGGAGGCCGACGCAUUGGGGACGGAGCAAGGCUUUGACCCCCCGCCUCACUGGAAGCCGUGGCUGCAGCGGCAGCAGCCAACAACAGCGAAGCGGGAAGCGGAGCCACGCCGGCAGACGGCCUGCAGGGGGCGGGGGGAGAUAGCAGCACUUUGUUUUGAGUGAGUGAACGGACAGAUAGAUAGAAUGGACAGAUUGAUGGAAGGAGGGGUGGAAUAUCUCUGGGGUGAUGAGAACAGAACGAUGGCCACUCUGGUCUUGACAGUAAUCACUCCUCCCCUAGCCCGCUUUAUGUUUGGGGAUAUGUUUCUUCAGUUUGUUCUGCUUGCCUUCCUUUGUUUGUCCACGUUUCUGUCUGUCUCCACAGCUCAGAAUGAAUCUCUGCAGUUUGUUCUUGAAUGCUCUUGUGGAGAGAGAUGGUGAAAGGUAGCAGAAGGAGGUUCGCUCCCCCCCAGUUCCUCAUCCUUCUGCAACCUUUAGAAACCUGAUUUCAGCCUUUAUUUUUUUAUGUUUUUAAGAGUGUGUACUGUCACUAAAAACCUUUUCUUACCAUAAUCACAGACAUUCCCUAGGGGAAGGGGGGCGGGGAGGGGUAAUCCAGUUUGGAGAAGGCUCCUUCUCCAAACUUCGGUAACACUGUUGUUUUUGAUAUUGAAUGUAUGCGUGGCGAAGCAUUCGAGAUGCAGCUGAGUGAGGUUGCGCCGAGCCCUUUUUGUUUUGUUGUUUUGGUUUGCUUUGUUUCAUCUGCCAGAUGAAAGCUUCUCUGAGUGUUUGGGCUCGGUGAGGUCAGGGGUUGAAAUGAAUAUUAAUAUGUAUAUUGGCAUGGUUUAUGAUCUCCUCGACCUCAGCCUGCUCUUUAACCCCAGCUGGCCAUGCCGGGAAGCUGACCUACUGGUCUUCAGAGAAAUGCUCUGACUUGGACAGCAGCUUUUCGAUUGGCUGGUGAUAUGUUCAGAUUUGUUAGCGAGUUUAAAGCCUAAUCAAUAACCUUCCCCCCUCCCAAACCUUCCCCACAUUUUGGCCGUUAAACUCUAAAAAAACAAAAAAUAAAAUAUCAGUUUGUUUACUUUUUCUGUUUUUUUUGUCACCUUUGUGUGUGAUGUUUGCCGAGACUCCUGAAGGAGAGGAAAUUUGUUACCGAUGAUUGUAAAAGAGUUUGCGUGUGAUAAAUGCACUGUGUUAUUUCCUGCGGUAUGAGUACAAUCGAACUAAGUUUUUGUAUGUAUCGGACUGAGAAAACGGUGUGGCUUUAUUUUAAAAAAGGCAAAAAAGAGAAAAAUAAGAAAAAGCUAGAAUCCAAUCUCUAAGUUUGUUUAACUCCCCCUCUCCCCUUUUUAAAAAAAAAUCUGAACGAACGUCGAGAAUUGUCUUAAAGCGAGUUUCUGCCUGUGAGCUUAGUGACAAAUUGAGUGUGUGUGUGUGUGUGUGUGUGUGUGUGUGUGUGUGUGUGUGAGAGGAUACAGCGGCGGUGCUCUUUUCAUGUCAGCUCAUGUUUAAAUUGAUUUCUCCGAGAAUAUUAACGGAACGGGCUUCCUCAGGCUCUGCCCGCCUGGAUAUGUGCUCGCCUGGCACAGACAAAGGUGCUAAUUCAGACGGCGGUACAUGGCGAGCAGCACGGCUCCGUGCGCGCAUGUAGGUGUGCGUCUGAAUGGCCGCACAGUUUGUGCUGCCGCAGAGAGUGUGAGAGAGAGAGGGAGGCCAGACAGAGCGUUUCACACACGCUUGGGCGAUUCAUUCACCCAUCACUGCAGUGAGCACACAUACAUGCGCUAAUACGCAUUUGGGGGCUGUCAGCUGCAUCGGCUACAGUACACCAGAGCGACGUGGGAAUUAAAGGGGAAUCGCAUCGAAGCGAUACGUUUCAGAUACAUUUUGUGUUUGAGGAGAAUGCAGCAGAUAGAAAAGUGGCUCAAAGUUGUGCGCGUCUGUUUGAAAGUGAAAUUCCUGGCUUUAUAAGUGCUUAUAAUGACAAAAAAAGGAAAGCUGCUAAAUGAUAGAAGUCAGAGAAAUGUUGGCAUAGAAACAACCCUGAAAGUCGUUGCAGUCAUGGUUGCUUUUGGUACUUGCGUGUGUGAGUGGUAGCUUUCAAGAAAAAAAAGAACAAGAGUGCAGAAGUAGAUCUUUUCUUUUAAAAAAAACUGGCCUUCAGCUUUGGCAACGCAGCUGAAUACAGUCAUCAAGAAAACCCUGGAAAGGGCUUUCUGCUCUUGUUCAGUUUGAAGUUGAAUGCAGGUCCAGAGGAACGUUUGAUUUAGUCCCACUGGUACUCUGAUCAUCAAUGCCACUGUGCUGCCUGAAAUGGAUGUUCAGUGUGUUUUAUAACCAGCUUUUAAUUUCAGUCCUUUAAUCUUGCCUGUUCAAAUCAAAGCAGUGGCAAUCAAUAACAAUGAACUAAUAACUAGAGCCUGACUGAUACAUAUUGAUUGGGCAAUAUUGGCAUCACAGAUGAAUCUGUAUUUCCAUAUAUGUUAUUCUUUAUUGAAAAAGAAAAUCAUCCUUGAAGCGAUGUAGAAAUGGAAAGAGCGACUUCCACUUUAUUGUUUACAAUAUUCUUAGCGGUCUCAGAGCGCAGUGCUAGUUUGUGAAAUGCAUUGUUGUAUCACGCAGAGCUCAGAUUUUGGUUGGUGCUUCGCUAAGCAGCAGGAGGAGAGAGAUGCAUCUGACUCUGAGGGGAGUUCUUGUAGGUGGUGAAGAUCUGUGAAGUAGCGCUUUUUGCUAGGAGUUUUUUUUUUUUUUUUUUUUGAGGAAAAGGUCAGUAAAUGGCGCUAAAUGUUCCAGCAAAGUCACUAAGUUGGCAGUGAGGUGAACUGCAGUAUGACAGUUGGUGCUGCAAUGGAGAGGACUGAGACUGUAUAUACCUGCACAUCCAGAAAAAUAUGUGAAAAUCUUUAUCCUGCUAUAACUUGUAAUUGAAUAGACAGCACAGGUGUGCACUGAUGCUACUCUUUCAGUCUUGAGACUGAAUCAAGACUGAAAUAGUGCUGCGACUGGUGCUGACAAGAGACAGGUGAGGUCAAAUAAUAUUAAUGGAGUUAAUGGAGAUAACCCUGUUACAUUACUCCAAGUUUAAUAAAAGCUUUCUAAGAAUUGUUAAAGCAAACCUAAUGAGAGUGACGGAAGAACUUUUUAUUAGAUUUAGUCAAAGUUAAGAGUAGCAGGCUCGAAAUGCCUCCACACAGAGCAAUUAAGAAUGGAACCAAAUGGAUCAGCCCACAAUCAAACCUAAAUAGCAGAUUAAUGCAUCUUUGAUCUCAGUUUUCAUUGUUCCUCUAAAUCCCAGUGUCAGUCAGGCUUUGCUAAAAUCUUUUGUCACUUUAAAUAUUCCCCCUUUCUUAAUUCCUGUCUUCCUGCGUGCGUUACUUUCAAUUUUCCACUGUGACAAACACAUCAAAAAUGUGGAUUUUUUGUUUUUUGAGCACGGCAAAACCCAAACGGGACACAGGUUUUAUUUCUUUUUCCUAAUCAUACGUGGCCCGUGUUUUUGCGAUAGAAGAAACCUGAAGCACCUUAAUGCUAGUGAAGUGGGCAAGUGGAGCUAUUUGAACUGUUUAAUAUCAUUGUCACAGUUUCAUAUUGCUGUUGUGACUCUACCCACCGCCCACACACAUACAGACACACGCUCGCACACGCAAAGCAAAGAGUCUGUAGUCAGACUGUCUCUUAAGCGAAACGCAGAAACAACCCUGUACAAGAUCUUAGUGUGGAACCAAAAAAAGCAACCUCUGGGGCGCGUUGAACGAAACCAGUUUUUAUAGAUCAGUGUUAUGAAAAAAAAUUGUCUGCUUUUUAAAACCUGUUUUAUGAGGAAAGAUGUUUAUGUGUUUGUUUGUUUUUUUUUAAUAUACAUAUUUAGAUGUAAAUCAAAUGCUAUUAGUCAAAGAACCCUUAGUCUUGAGACAAGCACCUAAAGGCCAAGAGGAGGAAGUGGGGAGGCGCCUUGCCCCACCCUCUGUGAUGGACCACAUGGUACGAUCCACAGAGACUCUACCAAGUUCGAUACCUGGGGACAGAACAAGUGUGAGACAUGAACAAGGAAAGAAAAAGAGAAAGAUAUAGGAUGGAGAGGGAGGGGGGGGGAUGGACAGUUUGCACUUUUUUUGUUUUGCUUUCUUUUUCUGUGCGUUGGCUCAUUCGCAGUGUUUUGUGUAAGAGCACUGUCUUAAAUGAGGGAAUCAAAAAGAAUCUGGGAGAGAUGGAGAGGGAAGGAGAGGACAGUGUAAGCCUCCAUAGAGAAGAGGGACGGAUGAAGAGGGGGGGAGGGUGGUGGCUGGGACGCUCGGAUGAUUUGGUGUGAAUGCAUGCAUGCAUACGGCUGUGUAUGUACGUGUGUGUGUGUGUGUGGUUUCUUGCAGGGUGGGUUGGGGAGCUGUUUGUAAAGGCUUUGUGUGUGCGUGUGUGUGUGUGUAUCUGUGGGCGAACAGAAUGUGUGGGUGUGCUUUUAAUGUGUGUGUGUGUGUGUGCGCAUAUUAAUGUAUGUAUGCAGUUUUUUUCCUCUCCUCUCGCUUCCCUCUAUCUCCAUUUAUGGCAUGUUAAUGUCUGCCUCCUCACUAGAAAGAGCUUUUGACAGUGGUACUGUGUGUGUGUGUGUGUGUGUGUGUGUGUGUGUGUGUGUGUGUGUGUGUGAUGCGCAUGCCUAUGCCAGGCUGGGUCUGCGUCUCGAUCUAUGUGCUGCAUACGUGUGUGUCUGGCUUCAUGGGGCGACUGCGCAUGUCUGUCACUGUGUGUGGGUGGUUUGGGUGCUCAGCUCUGCAAGGUCUGUGUGUGUGUGUGUGUGUGUGUGUGUGUGUGUGUGUGUGUGGGUGUGUGGGUGGUAUGUGCACAGAGGUUGAGAUGAGUGGCUGUUUGUUUUUGUCUGCCUCCGAGAGCGGCAUACCUUUCUUUUUCCCCCUGUCUCUCACACACACACACACACACCUGCAGAGUGACAUAUACACAGCACAGAGUCUGUAUAUGUGUAUGAUAUCAAACGUGCAGAUGUGUUGCGGGCACGCUGCAUGUCAUGACUACAGCUCGACUCUUCCUGGAUAUUUUUUUAAAAACAUAAAAAUCCCUUAUAAGUAACGCAAAUCUCCAACACUCAGAUUUUUUUGCAGUAGGGGAUUUUUAAUCUACAAAUUUCCUCCCAGAUGUCCAGUUGCUGCUGCCUUUUAAACAUCCUGUACUCCUGCAUGGGACAGCAGCAAAACUGCAGCCAGGACUCUGACACUUCCCACCCCCCUCUCUUCCUCUCCCCACCCCUCUCUUCAUCUCCCCAAUUGUUUUUUCUCUCGUCUUCUUCCCUCCCUCUUUUCUCCGUGUCCUCGCCUGUCUCUCUGUUUUCCAUUCUCUUUGUUUACAUCUUUCUGUCUCGCCGCCUCUUUAUGUAUACAUUUCUCUCUCUCUCUUCUUUGCUGCCGCCCUAGGUCGCUCUCACACAUACACACACAAAGGAAGCAGCUAAAUAGUGUGGGUCCCUUGUUGCUUCAUUACGUGAACCAUCAUUUUCCAUCGACCACUGCUUCAUUUCUGUCUCGACUCCAUUUUCUUCACAGAAUGCAAAUCCCUGCCAAACUCUCCCCUCCUGUAUAUCUGUAUCCACUUCUGUGUGUGGGUCUGUGUGUGUAAAUCUGUGUUUGUGUGUGUGUGGGUGAGCUGUCUAUAACAACAAGAGAACAGGCUGCCAAAUAUGUUGCUGCAUGCGUGCGUGUGUGCAUACAUAUGAGCUAUUCGAAUGCAAAUCUGAAACUAAUUGGGCGUAGGUACAUUUGACCGAGCACGUCAGUGCUGUGUGUGUGUGUGUGUAUGUGUGCGCGCGUGGACGCCGUGGUCCGACUGUCUUCUUUUGUUUUAACCGCACCUUUUAAUAAUCACACUAUUGAUGAGGAAGGUCUAUCUGUCCCCAUAUUCCCUUGGCUGCUGUGGCCAGCCAAUCAGAGUGUCCACAUGAGAGACGCAGCCAAUCAUGAGGUGAAUAUCAACCAGACUGUUGAACCAAGUGACCAAGUGAGAAAUAAUUAUAAUUAUCUAAGACUUGAGCAGUAAGGGGAAGAGGAGGAGGGGGAGGCGGCGGCGGUGCUGCUGUUCUUCUUGAGGAGGAGAUGUUUGUUAAGAAUCUCCCAGGACAGACGAGGCAUUGCGGCAUUCUGCCGUCACACGAGCAAAGCCUCAAUCCAGACAAAGACACAGGAGUGAGAGGAGAGAGGACGAGAGAGGAGACUAAUGACAGGGAGGAGGAUGUGGUGAUUGUCUCUCCGUGGCCCUGUGCCACCACGAUAAAUACUUAGGUGCUUGUUUGUUUAUGUAGCGUGACAUUUUGCAGAAGGGUGGGGUUGGGGCUUGAAUGAAUAAACGGUAGAUUUGCUUAAAUCUCUUAAAAAGGCUUGAUAAGAAGAGCACCCAGUUAGUGGACGCCGACUGGGAUCCAGAUAAAGACGUGACCUUUCAGCGCCUUUUUUUUUAACCCCACAAAGUUAAAAUUGCACUAAUUUUUUAAAUAUUUAAGUAAUACCUUUAAUGUCCAGAAACGGAUUUGGCUGAAUUCUUUUGAAGCACUGCAGUGUGAUGGUGUGACAGUGUGAGACCAUUUGAGCUUCGUAAUAAGGGGCAGUGUGAGUUUACAGUGUUUCACAGUACACUGAAACACAACUUUAUUUUCUACAUGUGACCUCUUUAAGCAAAAUAUCACCUCCAUCUUCAUUAUAUGGCAAACUGUGUGCAAGAACCAGAGCUGACAUGAUCAAUCGAUCACCAUAGCAUGAAUUAGUUUAUCAGCUGAAUCAUCAGAAUCACUGGUUCCCACUUCUGUUCUGCUUCCAAAUGUAAAUAUUUGCUUGUUUUCGUCCUUUCCUCGGUGAUGCUCAAUUGAAUAUCAUUGGAUAUUUGGACUGUUUGAACAAGGCAGUUUAAAGGGCUCUGGAUGCACCACUGUAUCAAUAUUUGCCUUGCUGACCGCCAUUGGCCCAUCCACAAAUAAGAUGACAUUUCCCGAUGGCACCGGCCAAUCUUUAUCUGUCGUUCCAUCAAUCUUGCACUGGCUAAAUGUUAAAAGAUGAGAUAGCAAGCUGAAAGCUUGUAAUGAAGAGUUCUUUGUUUUCCUGACACAAAUUGGAUAAAAAAAAAAUAUAUAUAUUCCAAAUUGUUUGUAGAAACAUCAAGACUGUCCCAGAAGUGGCAUCAAAAAGGAGAACUCUAGACGUAGUCCUUGAAUUAUUCAGAAUUUGGAAAAAAGCAAUAAUAUGUGUAAUUAUGUAGCAGAGAGAGGUUUUGUAUCCUUUUCAUAUAAGAACAUCCUACACAGGGUCAUAGGUUGGGAGAUACUAGUUGCUUUUGUACCUUAGUUUUGGGAACAACGGAUGAUGUACCCCACUUUUUACACAAAUUGCGGGUCCUUCGUCGCUCAUAGAGCUCCAUUUUUAAGGUCUUUUUUCUUUAUGUCCUCCUGGGAAUUAAGUUCUUCCGCAACAUUCGAGGAACUUUCAGUGAGGGAAAUGUAAUGUGAUUAGUCAGGAUGUAAGUGUAUUUUGAGCAGCUGAACAUGCAAAUGCAGGGCCAGCAAAAGUAAAUGGUGGUAAAAGGUUAGGCAUGUAAAGAACAGCUCCUUAUAUUAGCCUUAAAAAUGGACCAAAACGCAGAGAAGUGAACUGACAGUGAAGUCCAGGCUGUCUCGAACCUCUCUGAAACAAAGAACAUGAUGUGAAUACAUAGUCCCUGCUAGCAUUUCCCUUCAACUUGCUGCCUAGUGAUAAACUAGAUAGAGUGGGAUUACAGGAAAUGAAAAGACCACAACAGGAGGUGAUUGGAAAUUACCAAGCACUGGCCUGGGAAAUACAUCACUUCAGAGUUUGUAUUACUGGUGCAAAUGCAACCAGAUCAAAGACUGGUAGGUCUGGUUUGGUCCAAAAGCAGCUACUGAGGCAGCCGUUAGCCUACAGCGUUGUUUUAACACAACAGUCUGCAUGUCUUAAAUUUUCCACAGAGGCAGGCAGGAGAACAAAGUGCAGGAGUCGUGAUUAGAGGGAAGCUUUUUGAUGGAGUUUCUGCUGUCUGAUGGUGCUUGACCUGGUCAUCUGGAGGUUUGGGAAGUCAGCUGGGUGCACAGAGGCUCGAGUUGGCUUUCAGAACCAGGAUUCUCAAGAUAGAUUCAUAUGGAUGCUCUAAAAUAUACAAAUAAUGGUUGAUAUCAACCCUGCUGACUGGUAACAGCAGGUGCAGAUAUCAGUGAUCAAUGUUUAUUUGUUGUCCGAUUAAUUUCCAUUGAUAAGAUGUUCAAAAAGACACUGAAGAGCUGAAAGGCUCUAAAAGAGGGCAGUUAUGUUUUAUAAUGAUUUUUGGCACAAAGAUUGAAAUAAUAAAAAAAAAACAUUAACAGUUGGAAAAAAAAUAUCUGAAUGGGUUAUUGGGUAUCGGUCCAGAACUUCACAGUUCCUGUAAAGUUGGCGUACUUCCAGCGAGCAGAGCUAAGGGAUAUUUUUAUUCAUAUCUGUUUUAUUUACUCUUCGUUUUGGAGGGAAUGUUACAACCAAGUAGCCGAGUGCUACGGAGAGACGAGACAGAAGUUUUAAACACUCUUAGACGUGCAAAGAGAAAAAAACUGUAUGAACCUGAACAGUAAGCCUCGGACGUCCUAGUAUGAUAGGCUGUAUAUCACAGAAUAUCUUUUUUUUUAUUAUUGUCGUUUUUCUUUAGCAUAUAAGAUUUAAAGAUCAUCUGUCACCUUUGACCUUUUAAAGUCGGUUGUAGUUUUUGCCCCUUUGUAGGGCAGCUAUGCCUGAGCACAGUUUUCUAACUCGAGGUUGAGCGGGGCCAGAGCAAAGUGCUAAAAGCUUGGUUGUUUGAGUUUUACAGUUUUUUUUUUCAUCGUGUUUGUUUGUUUUUUUGUUGUUGUUGUUUUUUACAUUCGAGCAAGCGUACUGUAGUUUUUGAAAGUUAUUUUUAAAGGAGAUGCUACUAAUAAGACAUUAACACCUGUAUGUAGAGUUGCCAAGUUGUGUUAAAAAAGAGUCAAAGCUGGUUAGCUGUAAAAUAGAGAAAGAGAACCACAUAUUUUUGCAUUGCGAUUGUUGUAUGAUUGAGGUGCUGUGGGCGGGGAGGGUUGGAGAGGCGGUGUAAUGCUGGACCAGAUGUUUGUUUUUUACUGUACUGCAGCCGUUGUCGGGACAUGAUCAGGACGGACUGAAAAAUGGAUGGAGAGCUGAGGCAAACAAAACUGUGGCGGGCUCACAUCAUUUUAAGGCAAAGCGUCUGAAUGUCUGUUUAAAAAAACUGUCCUUUCAUGGAUGAAAGCUUAUUCGCUGUUGUCUUUGCAUAAUUCAGAUCAGAGUCUUUGCCAAGCCUGCAUAAACUUACACCACAAAUCGACCCAAAGUAAGUUUACUUGACCAGCUUUUCCACAAAGAAUAAGCUAUUGUUGCUUGAAUGUUUUUUUUUCCUCUUUAAAACGUCACCUGGGGGCUAAUUACAGCUACUGCAGCUUCAGAGAAUUGGUGAGGGGGGGGGGGGCUCAGAAGCUGCAGUAAGUGCCAAAACCACCAGGUGGCAGGAUCCCAAGAAACAGUGAUCCCACAAAAGCUAUGAUUGUAAUCAAAGAGUCUCGAUCACUGUUUUUAUCCGAGCACCUUAACAGCAGGCCUGCUGGAGGCUACUGCUGCUCAUUUUACAAAUCCAAUUCAAACCUGCCAAAAUGUCUGCGAUGCCAAAUAAAAGCUGUCAGCAGAUUGAAAUGUUGCCGACAUGACUUCCAAAAGAAAAGAGCACUGCAGCCGUUUUCCUGCUUCCAUCCUCCAUCCACGAGUCACUCCACAUGUUUUUCAUUCCUGAUCUCUGUCUCGGCGUCCGAUCCACAGCGAGGAACAAAAGUGACAUGGAGAAAGUGGAGUCAUCUUUUUCCCCCUUAAAAAUACAAAAGAAAAGCACCUUUGGGCAAGAGCUCAAUUGUUAAGUAGAGCCAAAGCCCUCUGCACCUUUCCGAGCACACUCACCGUGUCACUUCCUGUCUGUGGUUUGGAUGUCGGCAUCAGAAGAGGGACGUUUGUUGAUGUAAGGUUGACAAUUGUAGAUGUAAUGUGAGUUUUGUUUUGUUUUUUGUUUUUUGGGGUGGGUUGGGGGGGCUUAUUUGAAUUGUUUUUACAUUUUUGUACUUCCCUUUUUAUUUUGUAUGUUUAUUUUCUCUUGUAAAGUGUAAAAAUGAUGAUCAUCCUUCACCCAUGUGGGAAUGGAUUGCAAUUGAACGCAGGCGGGUAGGUAGGUGGGUGGGUGGGAGUUGGGUGAGGGUUACCAACAAAGGGUGAAGUCUGGUCUUGCUGAUUCAAACAGGGUUCCUACACGUAUAUGGAAGUGGAAAUGAACAAAAGAAAUCACCAAUAGAGGAACGAUCGUACAAUAAGAAUUUGAUGGUUUACUGGUUCAGGGUCAAUCGAGAGUUUUGAGCUUGAAAGUAAAACCAAUUAUAUGUAUUCAAAUUAUUAAGAACUUUUUAAGAAAGUGAUUUUUUUCAGAUGUACUCGAGUGUCUUUUUGGGCUAAAAAUUCCAUCCAGUUUAUCUGAUGCAUGGACACUGUAUUAUCUUUUUGACACUUGUAUUCACUUUUUGUUCAACAAAUUUUUAAUGUGCGGUCAAAAUACGAAAGGAAAAAUCCUCCCUUGUGCCAACUUUCUUAGCUUUGGUUUUGGUCUACUGUUUGAAAAUUUUGGCUUUAUAACUGCUAAACGAAGCCUGUGUCUGGGCUGUGAGCAAAAAUGAUGAUUCCAGUGUUUCACUGCACCUGCCAUGAUAUGUCGAAUAUUUUUAAAAAGAUAUUUAAAAAUAGUUGAAAUGCUGAAAAAUGAUAUUAUUUUACAGUCACUGUAACAAUUUAACAGUCAUUAAUGCAUUAAAGUAAAAAAAGUACUGUUUAGCUAGCUAGCACAAUUGUCAGUAUCUGCACUAAUGAUGCUAACAACCAAAUUCUUUUACAGUCAGGACUAUUUAACACAUAAAUACCAAACAGGGCAUUAACAUUGCACAUGCGAUGUUAACGUUAAAUGUUAAUGCUCAUGGGGAAAAAGCUAGCUAGCUAGCUAGCCGUAGCAUCAUUAUCUGUGCUAACAACAUAUCCUCCGCUUGGCUACCAAAUGUUUGGUGUCUCUACUCAUUUUCAGUUUUGAGUGCACCUGUUAGUGUAAAUGUGAAGAAGUGUUUUGUGGUGCAAGAAUACAAAAUAGAAGCUAAAUAGUUUAAAAGUAGAGUAUUAAAUAAGUUACUUCCCAGCAGGGAGAUAAUUCUCUGAUGGUUUGUCACUAUUUGAACAAAUUUGCACUAGUGCAGGUUUAAUGCUGAAGAGCAAAGUUUUCUUUUUAAACUGUAUGGAUUAUAGACUCACAAAACCAAAGUACAAAGCCAUAACAUAUUCCAGAAAGGAAAACAAAAACUGAUGGACAAAAGGCCAAAACACCCCCAAAAGACAGAGGAUGUCUGAACACUUGACAAGUCGAAGUUGUAGAAAUCGAGGGUGGAUUUUUCCUGUGUAGGGGCCCUGCUGAGACUGUCGACACUUUUGUUGUGUGGUUAAAAACGGGCUAAACUUGAGAAUAGUGAACAGGAAGUGGACGCAAGACUAUACAAGAUUGUAAUCCUGAAGUGAAGCCUCUUGGUUUGUGUCUCGCCUUCCAUCCCUCUGCUCAGCCAGCUUUCCUCCACUUCUUCCUCGGCGUAGCGGACCUGACCUCUCUCACCCCUUCUCCCGACCUCCGAUACGGUCCUUGAGCUGUGCGAGUCUUUUUUCUGCUGUCUGCUGGUCUGUAGUCGUCUAUCAGAAACAUUUACUCUUCUCUUUCCCCAAAUCCCCACACACCAGAGACAACACACAUGCUCACAGAUGCAUAAAUAUCUAUAUAUAUACUGUAUAUGUAUACAUGAAUACAAAACAGGCAAACCUCUGAGAUGCCGAAGCUCGCACCCGCACACUCUCUGGAGGUGCUGCAGGACACGUGUGCGUGUGUGCGUCUUCGUGUCGCUGAUGCAGUUUUUCAAAAAAAAAAGAAAAAAAAAGAAAAAGUACCAGUUUACCUCGGGAGCUCUCAGCCAUAGCAGACCUUAAUCCCCACAGAUAUCUCAGUGCUGCGAGCAGCUUCUGAACUGCUGUGGCUGCCGUUACAAAGCAGGUACAUACUUUUUUUGUUUUUCAGGAACAAACCCAGGAGCCUCAGCAGAGCGCUCUCGGGCCAUUUGAAUGCAUACAGUGCAGGGUUUUUACAGAAACGGGACACAAGCUGGGAGUCCAUGUCAACACAGUCUUACCUCAGAAUCAUGCUUCAGAAACGGGGGCGGGGCUUACAUAUGAUCAUAGCAACCGUGAAUGACUUUUUUUUGUUUUUAAGUUUUAUUUCUUGUCUCUGGUGUUGUUGGGUGAAAACAGUCUGCAGAUCUUUCUUUUCUCCUUUUUUUUCUUCCACUAUAAAUAUAUAAAUAUAUAAACUGUACAUUAUGACAUAGAAGCACUAUCAAAGUUUGAUUGUUAGAUGUGCACUCGCAGCAUGAGGUAUUAUUCUUUAUUAUUCUUCAUAGCCCAGAAAAAAAAGGAAAAGUGAAAUGACAGCUUUUGGAAGUUUAAAAAAUAUAUAUAAAUAUAUAAAAAUAACAAAAACAAUGCAGUAGCAUCUACUGAUGUCAAAGAAAAAUACCCAACCUCACCCCACCACACACACACCUCUCCCCACAGACCUUUACCCAAGCCCUGCCCCCUCUUCCCCCUGAACUCCAUACAGAUGAUUGCCCAGAUGCUCCCUCGAAUCAGCCCCCACCCCCCACCCUGCUCUCCUUGUACAUGCCAGUGUUUCCCUCAUGUGUUCCAAGUGCCAAUAACUUUGUGAAUUCCUAACUGUGACCCAGUAAUAAAGAUAAUUGCACAUUAACUACUGUAAAGAGAAAAAGAAACCAGACUGAUUAAAAAUGAGGAAGAAAUCUGAAUAUCUUAAUAAAAGGUUUGUAACAAACAGGACUGAC